AUGGACUUUGUUAUGUCGGUUUAUCCUUAUAUUAAUAUUAUUAUAGGCAACGACUUAGUUAGUAACAUAAAAUGAUUAUUAAUUUAUAACAAUUGUAUUAUAUCGUUACAAAUGAUGAUGAAUUACAACAUUUUAGGAAGCUAAAGCUUUUUCCGAAGGAAAUAAAUGGAAAUUAAAUUCCAUAGAAGACAUUGCUCAUAAAAUGAGUACCUUACAUGUUGAACAUAUUGGACAUCGUUUAAUAAUUAUUACUCAAAGUGAAAAGCCAGUGAUUGUUGUAGAAAGUAAAAUAUUGCAUUGA